AUGUCGGGACUCAACGUCGAGGCUCUCCUGGAGGCCACUGAUGCAGCCCCCACCGAGACCCCCACCAGGUCUGAUGACCGUGAUAACCGCUCCCCCCGUGCAGACCCCGAGGACCAGGGUACCCGUUCCCGCGAGAGACGCCGUCGUCCUGACCGCGAUAUCGAUGGCGAUGAAGACAUGAAGAGCCCACGCAGCGAGCUUGGCAGUGCUAACGGAAGCCAGAGAAGCCGACGCCGCAGCCGCAGCCGCGAAAGUGAUCGCCGCCGCCCUCGCCGCCGUGGUGAUGAUUACCGUUCUAGCGGAGAUUUCUACCGAGGUGGAGGCCGUGCUCGCUCUCGUUCUCCUUUCGAUGAUCGCCACUAUCGUCCUAACCGUCGGGAGCGCGAUGACGAGCGACGCCCCCGCCAGGACCGCCGUGGCGGAACUCCCAGCCGCCGGGGCAACAGCAAGUCCCCUGUGCUCAACGAGGAUGAACGCGACAAGCGCACUAUCUUUGUACAGCAACUUGCUGCCCGUCUCCGAUCCAAGGAGCUGGCUGAAUUCUUCGAAAAGGUCGGCCCUGUGAAGGAUGCCCAGAUUGUUAAGGAUCGUGUGAGCCUCCGAUCCAAAGGUGUCGGCUACGUCGAAUUUAGGGAUGAAGAAUCGGUCCCCGCUGCCAUUCAACUCACUGGCCAGAAGCUUUUAGGCAUUCCCAUUAUCGCGCAAUUGACCGAGGCGGAAAAGAACCGACAGGCCCGUAACCCCGAGGCUAGCUCCGGAUCUCAACACACAGCUCCCUUUCACAGACUUUACGUGGGUAACGUUCAUUUCAGCAUUACUGAGAGUGACCUCCAGAACGUCUUCGAACCCUUUGGCGAGCUCGAGUUUGUUCAGCUACAGAAGGAUGAGACUGGCCGCAGCAAAGGAUAUGCGUUUGUACAGUUCCACGACCCAACCCAAGCUCGUGAGGCAUUGGAGAAGAUGAACGGUUUCGACCUUGCUGGACGCGCCAUUCGUGUCGGCCUUGGCAAUGAUAAGUUCACCCCCGAGUCGAACGCCACUCGUCAGCAGGGCUCUCAAUCCAGCAGCCAACAGUUCCAGGGCUCUUCCUUCUCCGGUCAAGGUGGACGUGGUAUCCAAGCUGGUGGCUCCAACAACUUUGACCGUGCCGGCGGCCGUGAAUCCGAGAAGGGCGGCGGUGCCAGUGCCCUUGAUGACACCGAUGUUGCCGGUGUGAACUUCAACAAUUACAGUAGGGACGCGUUGAUGAGGAAACUCGCACGAACAGAUGACCCCCAACCUUCGGCCGAAGACCAGCAGAAGGUCCUCCGACCCAAAACCGAGACCAAACCCCUUCCCGUUAAUGUCAACAUGGCUAGCCGCUGUGUGAUGCUGCGCAAUAUGUUUGAUCCUGCCGAGGAGACCGGCGAAACCUGGAUUAAAGAAUUGGAGGACGACGUUCGCUCGGAGUGCGAGCAGAAAUAUGGCCAUGUUGUUCACAUUUCGCUAGAUCCCAACUCCCAAGGCGAUAUCUACCUCAAGUUCGAUCGUGUCCAGGGCGGUGAGAACGCAAUCAAGGGCCUCAACGGCCGUUUCUUUGGCGGCAAGCAGAUUACCGCCCAGCCUGUCGUGGAUGCCGUCUACAGCAGUCUUUUCUCUCGCACCAAGGCCAUCUAA